AUGGGAGUUCCACUCCACUACUGGGCGGAUGUCACUUUCAAAAGUAUCGGCAAGGCUCUUGGAGCAGUGGAAGCAAUCAAUCUGGAUGAGGGGAAAAUCCAGGUGAUAAUCGACGGCUUCAAACCAUUAGUUUUUGAAACAACGGUGGAAUUCAACGGUGGUGAGGAAACUACGGUGUACCUAAGGUAUGGGCAUCUGUCUGGUUUAUGUAAGACUUGCUUGAGCCUAUGCCAUGAUUAUCAUCGGUGCCCAACUCGGAUCGGUUCGGAGGAGCGAUGGAGUCGAGAAGAAUUUCCCGAUGAACAGACAAAGGGGCAGGGACCAGCUUUGUUUAAAACGGCGGCUAAAUACGGAGGUAAUGGAGGCAAGGAGGUGGUGAAAAACAAUGGAGGAAGUAUUGAAGGCAGGCCGUACAAAGGGAGAACAGAGAGGAAAUAUGGCGAAGGAGCUUCACGAAGCUACAGGCCAUCGAGUCACCCUCCUCCGAAGGAACAUAAAAAGGGACCAGUGACGGAGGAGAAGAAAGACGAUACACCGGCUAACACUGAAACGGUGACUCAGCCGCAUUUAACAAUCUCUGUCGCUGAGAAUCAGGGAACCUCGCCGGUCCAAGCAGCUCAGGUGAUCAAAGAGAACGAUGGUGUACGAUCAGUAAUGAUGCAAGGAACAGAAGACGGAUCGGGUAUGGAUGUUACAGCGGGAUCUAAAAAAACAGUAGUGAGGAAAAGCUUGUCAUUUGAGGAUGAUGACUUGCUGAGUCUUGUAUCUCGGGGCAAAGGUGAUACGGAAAUCGAGGACUUGGGAUUUCCAGAUGGGAAUGCAGAUACAUCGGUAUUAAACAAGGAGGUGAAAGCACAAGGCGAUACUUAUGAGGCUUGUGAUGCCAUAACCGAAUUUCUGCAACAGGUGAACUCAGGAAUUGAACCAGGUGAAAUUCAACUUUGUCUUGAUAACAGUUUUGGUAACCUGGGAGAAGAAGAUGGUGAGUUUAUUGAGGACUCAGAAAUGGAGAUGCCGAUGAUAGUGGAGCAGGUUAAAUCACCGGUGGAAACUAUGGUGAUGGAUAAGAGUGAGGUCGGUGCUCAGACGAGCGUAAUGGAGAAGGAAAAUAAGCAAUUAGCUGCACCAACUAAUCCAGAACCAAAGAAGAAACCAACUAAAUCCAGUCUGCAAUACAUUGGUGGAGGCUCUAAAAAGAGAAUGGUUCAAGCGAUGGUCUCUCCGCGGAAGAAGCAGGUUACUAAAACAACAAACCGCAAAGGAGAAGGAGCACGUCCGGCAGCUCCAAAAGGUCCCUCACUUUCGCAGGAGGAACAAAAACUAUAA